AUGAUGUGUUCCUGUUUGCCGUGCAAUACACAUACUCAUCUACUACGUUUCCUCAUUAAUUCCAUCUCCCCUACAUUAGAGGAACAGAAUGAACGUUUACGAUUACAAAAUCUGAAGUGUACCGCUCAACUACAAGUGCUAAAAUCGUGCGCUGAUCGAGCAAAAUAUUGGCAAAGUUCUGCUCUCUUUUCCAAUUCUGUAACGGGAGCAGUGUCGUUGACGAUGAUGGAUCGAACAUCAGAUGAUAGCGGUUUGACUUCUGACGAUACAUGGGAGAAAAAGAUAGAUCAGAUGAUGAUGACGCAAUCAGCUUCUGCUCUCGUUCGUACGCACAGCUCAUCGCAAGGAAGAGGAGAAAAGCAGAAUGAUGAAACAUCAUCAACUACCGAUUCUUCACCACGUGAAGAGAAAUUAAAACCAAUACCAACUCCGCGAAAAACAAAAUCUUCAAGGCCACCCGAUUCAGUUACCAUUGAAAGAGAUAGUUUGAAUUCGUAUGACGAGGAAAAUGAUUAUAGGGAAGAUGAUGAAUUUUUCGAUGAAAUUGAAUAUUCGGAGUCUCCUGAAAAAGAUGUUGCCGAUUAUGUAAAUCUAAACGAACUUUUUCUACUGGGAUCAGAUACUUACAGUACAAUGACGCAGCAUCCCCCUGCUUUACCAUUGCAUAAGCCACCAAGUCAGUGGGAGACCAAAUUAUAUCAGAUAGCGGAACGCUGCCUUAGUACAGUGAUAAAUGAAGAUCAGUUGGCUCAAUGCAGUGGUACCUUGAAUAGAAAUAUGAGUGAUAAUACAAGUGACUUGUGCUCUUCUCCUUCGCGUGGUUCCGGUGAAAGCUCAAGAUCAUCAAAUCAGCAUAAAAGUCGCAUCGAUUUCACGAAUGUCAAAGAAGGAGAUUAUGCGAUACCACCAGAUGCAAGUCAGGAUAUUAGAGCAACUCUGAUCAGUUCUACUGAACCCCUAGAAAAAUGUGGUUAUUUGACACAGAUGACUGACAGCAGACUCAAGUCGCUGAAAAGGCGUUAUUUUGUAUUCAGGAAUGGCAUUCUUACUUUGUAUAGAACACAGAAAAAUCAUUUAAAAGGAGAUGAACCAUUGAUUAGAAUUCUAGUGUCCGAUAUUCGUUCUGUCACAAAACUGGUCAACAAAAUGGGUUACGGUCUACAGAUAAUGACAGCAAAUGGUGAAUAUUGUUAUGCAGCUGAAUCAGAUCGUGCUACUGAUGAAUGGAUUGCUCUUCUGACACGUAGUCUACGUACAGCCACUAUUUCAGAAGUUAGUCAGCGUGCUACGGGACUUAAUGCUGAUAUUAGCGGCUAUGUCAUCAAGGCAAAAUGCGGCAGUACAAGGCGUUUUUUCGCAUCUGUAGUAGAUAAUAAAUUGUUGUUUUUCAAGAGUUCUGAUGAUCGGGUUCCAUGUUCCCAUAUGUACCUACGAGGUGCACAUAUCUGCGAGAAAAUAAAAACUGCUGCUGAUGAAUCGAGUGGAAGUUCUGAUGAACAAAAUGAAAAUCAUGCGAAAGAGUUUGAUCACACUAUUUCGAUCGAGAUUGCAAACGUUGACCCAGUUUACAUUGUUUUGCGAAGUGCUGAAGAAAAAGAUAAAUGGGUCUAUUUUUUGAAAAAGGCUGCUAAUGAUGCAGUAUUCAGUGGAACUGCUUUCGAAGUACUAAUACAAAGAAUGAUGACGCAAAAUGUUGAAGAUGAGGAUUUACUAUGGAAUGAUGUACUAUUGACGGCAUGUGAAGAAAAGCCGAAAGAAACUUUAACAACAGUGUUAGAUGAAACACUCAAAAAGAAAGCAUUGGAACUUGGUCGAGUAUGUUUUAUGUUUACUUCGGUGCUGAUGAGACCAACAGGAGUGCAGUACCAUAUUGAUCUUGCCCAAAAUAUUCUUACUACGGCGAUGUCCAGUGAUUUGCUCAAAAAUGAGCUUUAUGCUAACUUGAUAAAGCUUACAUCUGGUUCAAUGUCGUAUGGAAUUCAGGCUUGGAAAUUAAUGGCUUUAGCGACACCAUUAUUUACACCUCGGCAGUAUUCGCUUUUGUGGUUGCUUCGUCGACAUAUUGAAAGAUGGAGUGGAAAAAGAUGUGAUGAAGGCAAUUUUGCAUUGUAUUGCUUGCGUGCUUUCAAUCGUUGUCUGAAAGCACGUGGACGAACAGAGGGACCAAGUAAACUUGAAGCAAUCUCCAUAUUAACUAGGGAUCCAACUUCGACGAAUAUGCCGCAUAGCAUUCCAGUACUGCUACCAACUAAUGAAUAUCAGGUUAUCGAUUUUGAUGGUUCCACGCUUAUUAGUGAUUGUUUGUCAACUUUAUGCAUGAAAUGUGGUUUACGACCAGCGCUUUUGAGCGGUUAUGCUUUGUACGUAGAGGAUCCGCUAGAACGGAAUUCUUAUCUUCUUCUAAAAGGCAAACAGAAGUUGUGUGACUGUAUAUCACGUUGGGAACGUGAAUUAAUGGACAAUAAAUGUGGACGAGUCACUGAAGAUGUUGCUCGGAUAAAAUUAUCUAUUCGACAGAGACAGUAUUGGAGUCAUCUGCUCUCUUCGGAAACACCUACAGAACGUACAUUUCUGGCGCAUUGGAUGGCUAGCGAAAUUGUUGCAGGAAGAGUACCGUUGAGCAGUGAAUUAGCUGAGGAACUAGCAGCCGUUUAUGCGCAACUCAAGUUUGGAGACAUGGGAACGAUAUCCGAUGCACAGUUUCGUGAAAUUAUAACUUCUUAUUAUCCUUCAAAACUGCUUGAUGUUGGCUGUGAAAGACUAUUAAGAUUAAAUCUCGAAACAAAUUGGUCACAGUUGCGUGAUACUUCGGCAGAAGAUUGCAUUCGCAUGAUACUAGUUGUUUUGCGGAAAUGGCGCUUUUUUGGGUCAUUUAUUAUGGAAGCACGAAUGAAGAUGCGUAACGACGAAAGUUUGUUCAUUGCACUCAAUGAUCAAGGCGUCCAUUUGCUAACUUUUCGUCAGCUUGAUCUCAUAAGAAGUAUUCCUUACCAUCGAUUAGUUUCAUUCGGUGGUUACCACAACGAUUUUAUGCUCACAAUUGAGAGAGUACUCCCACCUCAAGCUCAUCCUGAAGAAACGGCUCGAGAAAGAUUGACUUUUUCAAUGCCUGCAAGGAAUAUUGACCAGAGUACGCCAUUGAAUAUAAUUAUUCGGAAGUCGCGAAUCAGAUAUCCAAAAUGUCUCCUCGCAACGCUCUUUUUUUUUUUAAAUGAUAAGUCACUGAUAAAUUUCUCAAUCGAGAAAACACCGCCACAUAAAACUGCGCAUGAACAGACCGUAAUUGCCCUAACUACAGUACCACUGCCAGAGACGAGUGGAGGGUAUUUCGCGGUUAGCACGUUGCUUACUAAAAAAAAUGGUGUUGGUCAGUUAGCAGAUAGUGUUGGUCGAGUGCGUGGAGGUAUCCGCAGUGUCGGAGUGGGACCUCAGAAUGCUAAUGUCAUCGAAUUUCUCUCGCCGUUAACUAUUAUAUGUGGGCCAAAUGGUGCUGGAAAGACAACAAUUAUUGAAGCACUUAAAUAUGCCACAACUGGCGAGUUGCCGAAGGGAAGCUUCCAAACAUUUAUCCACGAUAUGCGAUUAGCUGGUAGAUCUCGGGUGGAUGCAUCAGUGAAGCUCAAAUUCAGAGAUAUUAGAGGCAGAUCUUGUGUUGUUACUCGUCGUAUAAUGCAGUCAAAAGGUGCUAAGGGUAAAAUAACAAAUAAGUCAGAAGAGAGCACGAUUGCAAUCGAAAAAGAGCCUGGUGAAUGGAAAAGUUUGUCAUCAAAAGUCGUUGACUGUAGGAAAGAGAUUUUAAAUCUUUUUGGCUUAUCCACAGCAAUUUUGGAGUAUGUGGUUUUUUGUCACCAGGAAGAAUCCUCAUGGCCGCUUGAUGAACCGAAAAAACUGAAAGAACGCUUUGACGAGAUUUUUCAAUUGACUGGUUAUGUGAAAGCAAUUGAAGUCCUGAAAAAGGAAAUGAAAGAAAAUCAACAGGAAUUGAAAAUCACGGAAGGAAGGUUACCACUUCUCAUCAGACAGCAGGAAGAAAAGAUCGAACUGCAUAACGAAUACAUCAAUCUGAAGAAGCAAAUAGCAGAAAAUGAGAAAGAAAUUUCGCUGAAGCAAACGACGCUCAAGGAAGAUACGGCUAAGAAAAAUUUUAAAGUUGCAGAACUUGAUGAAGCGGAAAUGAUAAAGAAGAAGCACGAUAUGAUGGAAGCGGAAAAGCAAGUACUUGUUGAUCAGAUUGAAUGCUGUUCGGCACUGGAUUAUGAAGGAGGAAUUGAGAAUUUAAAACGUGAAAUUGAGUCGAUCGCUCAUUCUGACGAAUUUAAAGACAUGGAACGAAGUCGUAAGCGUAUUAAUGCUGAACUUGAGGAAAUUAAUGCAGAAAUUAAAGAUUAUAUAUUAAAGAAAAAAGAAGUCGACAAAAUAAUUGUGCAGCUGAAAAGUAUUCAAAUGAUGCGUGACAAAAUGAUUGCGGAAAGGGAGCAAUGUUUGGAAGCAUGCUGCUCACGAUUCAAUUUAAAAAAUGAACAAACGAAAACUUUGAAGCAAUUGCAUCAUUUGAUUGAAAAACGGAAGGAAGAUAUCAGCAAUUUUACGAAUAAAGUGGUAGGAAAGCAAGCGAAUUGCCAGGAAGAGAUUGAUAGGAUUUCGGAAAUUUUAGCUCAAGUUACAGCAAAAAUAGAAUUAAGGAAUGAGGAAAGUAAACGACUCGAAGAAGAUAUUGCUGCAGUGAAGUGUAGUUUAAUGGAAGCAGCCAAUUCAUCCGAGAAGCUUGAUCGUUUGCAAGAUGAAAUAUUGCAACAAGAAAAAGAACUAGAGAUAAUGCAAGAAAAUGAGGAACUGGGGAAUAAUGUUGAGGAUUUAAAAAAUAAAAGAGAUGGAAUUGCAAACAAAAUAGAACUGCUCAAAAAAGAAUACUGUAUAAGAGAAAAUGCUGAAGAAAUUGAAAAUAAAAUCAAACAGAAAAGUGAUGAAUUGCUGAAAUUCGAAAAAGAACUCUGCGCGCUGAAGGAUAAGCAUCAAAUUGCUUUUUUAGAUAUAUUUAGUACCAAGGAACCUGAAUUCCCUCUGAGCGAGCGACUCAUCAUAUGUGUUCGAAAAGCAGAACAGAGUUUGUCAACAGCUGAAGAUGAAUUUAAAAUUCGUGAGAAGGAAGUGUCCCGAGCUCAGUUUACUGUAUCACAGAUUGGUCGAGAAGUGGACCAACUGGCCGAUCAGAUUGCAUCUUAUAGACGAAAAAUAACAAAGGUUGUUACACAUGAAAAUGAGGUGGAAACACGUUUGGAUGAAAUCAGAACACUUCUUAGGAAAUCGCGGCAAGAUUCAGGACGUAUUGAUGGCUGUACGUUUUUAUAUGAACAAUGGGAGGAAGAAAUCAACGUGAGAAAGUGUUGUCCGCUUUGUGAGCAAUCAUAUAACAAUACAGAGGAUUCUGAUGUUCUUAAAGAAAAGCUAAAGCAGAAAAGGAAAGAUUUCACUAAAGAUGCCGAAAAAUUACUUCGUAAAGUGAAAGAUUACGAAGCAAUGCAGAAUGAACUUGUGGAAAUUAUGCCUUAUGUAGAAAUGUUGAAACAAUCAAAUAGCCAGAAAGAAGUAUUGCAGGAAAAUUUGAAAAGAGCAGAGGAAAAAUUGCAUGUUGUGGAAAUGGAAUUUACGAAGUCAAAAUCUGAAAGAGAUAUCAUUUUACAAAAGCUGAAUGUAGUUCGCGAUGUUCAGGUUGAUGCUUCUUUGAUGGAUAACAUUUGGAAAUCAUUAUCAGAUGUGAAGCACUGUACAAAAUUGUUAAAAGCAGAACUUGAUACUGCUGAAUGUACAAAACGGUCAUUGAGUGAUAUACGAAUCGAAAUAAGAGAGAACGAGUUGAAUGCAUCGAAAGAACUUCGUACUUCUUUGUGUGGAAAAGUAGUGCAGUUUGACUCAAUAAAAAAAGUACUGGACGUUAAAGAGAAGGAACUGGAAGAAAGUAAACAAGAUUUGCAAAAGCUGAAGACACAAAAAUUAAUUGUUGAAGAGGAACUGCAAAUGAAGAAAAAGGAGCGAUUUGUUAUACAAAAUGAGAAAAAAAAUAAGGAAGCAGAAUUGUUAUGCUCAUUGCGGGAUGCAGAAGACGCUACAAGGGAAAUAGAAGCGAUAAAUAAGAAACUACAAGAUGUUGCUGACAGUUCGGAUGAUUUAAAAGAUCGCGAAAACGAGUUAUUAAAAAUAGAUACAGAAAUUGGUAUAAGCAGUGCUAAAAUGCGCAAUUUGACCGAACAAAUUGACUGUUUAAAUUCAAAACAAGAGCGUAAACGUCGAUUGGAUGAUCAACUUCGGAAGUUGGAAUUACGAGAACGAAUCAAAAGUUUAAAUGAAAGUUUGAAAGAAACAGAAUGGUAUAGUACAGCAAUCCCAGAGCUGCGAAAAGAACUAAGUUCACUUUUGGACCAAGUCAAUGAUUUACAAUUGACGAUAGAGAAUAAAAGAGGUGAACUAAAUGAACAGAAGAAACGACUAGCGACUAUGGAAAAAACCUUGGCAUCGUCUGAGUAUGCGCAGUUCAAAGAAGAAUUCAAGAAAGAAGUUGUGAAGAAAUGUGUUAUCAAAAGAUUUAUAGAGGAUUUAGCAAAUUAUAUACGAGCAGUGGAUGAAUCUGUUGUGAAAUUCCAUACUCAAAAGAUGGAAGAAAUCAACGAAGUAUUGAGUUCCUUAUGGGAACAAGUGUAUCAUGGCAAUGAUAUUGAAACCAUACAGAUCAAGUAA